AUGACGGCGACCUCUGGUCGACAAUGGGGUGUGACUCCUCCCAUAUCAAAUGCUCUGCCGACACACGAUGAGGUGGCUGCGAACGACGAUCUCAUCGCCGAGCUCAAGGCGCAGAACAACUUCGAACCGCCUUCAGAUUCCGAAAAGAGAAUACAAAUGCUCCAGUUACUCCAACGUGUUGCGCUAGAAUUUGUGAAGUCUGUGAGUCGCAAAAAGGGCCUUUCUCCUGCGGCUGUCGAGGCUUCGGGAGGCAAGAUCUUCACCUUCGGCGGUUACCGACUCGGUGUCUAUGGCCCAGGAUCGGAUAUCGAUACUCUCGUGGUUGGCCCGAAACAUGUGUCUACCGAGGAUUUCUUCUCCGACUUCCCCCUCUCCUACAAAACAUGGCACCCGAAGGCCAUCGAUCUGCUUUUCGCUCGUUUGAUAAUUCCUUCUGUGCCGAUGAACCUGGACCUGAAGAACAAUGAUUAUCUGCGAGGCUUGGAAGAAAAGGAUGUUCGUUCGCUGAAUGGAACCCGUGUUGCGGAUGAAAUACUGGAGCUUGUUCCCCAGCAGAAGACCUUUCGCCUCGCCUUGCGCGCAAUUAAAUUGUGGGCUCAACGCCGAGCAAUCUACGCUAAUAUUGUCGGCUUCCCCGGAGGUAUUGCUUGGGCGAUGUUGGUGGCCAGAGUGUGUCAGCUGUACCCUCAGGCUACCGGCUCGGUUAUUGUUGGCAAGUUCUUCAGAAUCAUGAACAAAUGGGCAUGGCCUCAACCUGUGUUACUGAAGCAGAUUGAAGAGGGCCCUCUCCAGAUGAAAGUCUGGAACCCCAAGAUCUACCAUGGCGAUAGAUUCCAUUUGAUGCCUAUUAUCACUCCUGCCUAUCCCUCCAUGUGUGCAACUCAUAACAUCUCAAUGUCGACCAAGACUGUUCUUCUACGGGAGCUCCAAAGAGGAGGCGACGUUGUGGACAAGAUUUUCAUGAAGCAACUUUCCUGGAAUGAUCUCUUCACCCGCCAUACCUUCUUCACCCAAGACUACAAGUACUACCUCAGCAUCACCGCAUCAAGCAAAACGAAGGAAGACGAGGCAGUUUGGUCCGGCCUUGUCGAAUCGAAGCUGCGUCACCUCGUUGGGGCUCUUGAUCGGAAGGGCAUUAUUGCGGUGGCUCAUCCUUUCCCCAAGGGAUUUGACAGAAUCCACACUGUUACAAAUGCGCAGGAGAUGGAGGCCGUCAAAAAUGGAUCAACACAGUAUCAGGCCAAGGGAACGACGACGGAGACAACCGACGAGGCAAAUAACCCUGCCCACGAAGUUGCGGCGCAGUAUGGAAUGGAGAAUGCAGAUGUUCCAGAGCCCGCGGAGCCUAUGGAGCGUACGGAGCAGAAGCCCGAAGGUGAAAGUCGUACCGUCUACACUACUACCUAUUAUAUUGGCUUGGAGUUAAAGCCAUUGGAGCCAGGCGCCUCCCGAUCUUUGGACAUCUCCACGGACUCGCAGAUCUUCAAGUCAACAUGUACAUCCUGGACGGGCUAUCUUCCAGAAGUUCAUGACCUGGCGGUCACCCACGUUCGCAACUUUGAUCUGCCGGAUGAUGUCUUCCAAGCCGGCGAAACCCGCCCGUCCCGACCCAAGAAGAAGGUGAUCAAGAGGACGGAGUCGGCCGGCCAGAAACGAAGGCUCGGCGAAAUGGACGAUUCGGUACAGGGAUCGGCACAAGGAGCAGCCAAGCGCCAAGUCACACCAAACACGAUUGCCAGCACUGCAACCCCGGCGUAA